AUGGCGUCUCCUAGCACUCGCCAGGUGAGCGCAUUCAAUCUUGCCAUUGUCCUUGCCCUUUGCUUCGGCAGUUUAACCUACGGGUACUCUUUUAGCAUCACUUCCACGACGCUGGGCCAGCCUUCAUUCUUUGAAUAUUUCAAUCUGUCUCAAGACACUACAGCACCAAGAUAUGCCUAUACAAAUCGUGUUAUUGGGGGUUUAAAUGGGUGUUUCUCUGGCGGAGGCUUUCUUGGUGCUUUAGUCGGCGGUUGGGCUUGUGAUGCGCUUGGUCGCAAGAAGACACUUCUAUUAGCUACCCCUAUCGCUAUCCUCGGCGGCGCGUUACAAGGAGGAGCAGUGAAUAUUGCAAUGUUGCUCGUUGGUCGAACCUUGGGCGGUUUUGCAGUGGGAAUUCUAAUGGUCCUCAUUCCACUUUUUCAAUGCGAGAUUGCGCCUCCGGCGGCCCGUGGAUUUCUCGUAUCUCAACACGGCGUUGUGAUCGUCUUUGGAUAUUCCGUUGCUGCAUGGGUCGGCUUUGGCUGUUUCUAUACAACCAAACCAGCAUUUCAAUGGCGAUUCCCACUUUCUUUGCAGUGCCUUUGGCCGCUAGUUAUGUUGCUUCUGACACCACUUCUACCUGAAUCCCCCCGUUGGCUUCUAAUGCAAGGUCGUCAGCAAGAGGCAUGGGAUAUCGUAGAAAAGCUACACAACAGCGAUAAGGAUGACUCGAGAGUAUCGUUUGCUAGGGAAGAGUUCUACCAGAUGACAAACCAGGUCUCUGCAGAUCAAGAAAUGGCUAGCUCCGAGACGUUAACGACUUUAUUUACAAAGAAAUCUUAUCGAAGACGUAUGUUGUGUGCAUUCAUGACUAUGUUCGCAUCAGAAUCAACAGCAAUCUUGGUUAUCUACAAUUACAGCGUCCUUCUAUAUGAAGGGCUGGGCUUUAGCAGCAAUAUUUCCCUGCUGUUGGCGGCGGCUUAUGUUACUGUGGCAUGCUGUGGGAAUUACAUUAGCUCACUCUUAAUGGACCAUGUCGGUCGUGUGAAGCUGUUGAUCACUGGUAUUUCCGGUUGUCUGAUCUGUCUCAUCUUCGAAGCGGCGCUGUCAGCCCGCUAUAUAGGGACAGAAAACUCCUCGGGACUAGGCGCUGGAGUUUUUUUCCUAUUCCUUUACAUUUCAUUCUACGGCUGCUGUAUUGAUGCCACCACGUACGUCUACUGCACGGAGAUUUUCCCGACUCACAUUCGCUCGCGAGGCAUGGCAUGGUCACUGGCCGUAUUGUUCGGUACUACGGUUGCCUACCUGAUCCCUGCUCCAACAGCAUUUGCACAAGUUGGUUGGAAAUACUACCUUCUUUUCAUCAUUUUAAGCGCGAUAAAUAUACCGAUCAUAUGGACUUUGUUUCCGGAGACCAAGGGGCUUGCCUUGGAAGAGGUCGGCGAGAAAUUUGGCGAUGAUGUUAUUGUAAAACUCACCAAUAUUACUACAGAACAGAGGGAGCAACUAGAUGAUGCUAUCAGGGCCGAUAAAAGCAGGUUGGAAAGUACACAUGUUGAACGGUUACCUGUGUAG